AUGGGUAAGAGUUCGAAAAAAGACAAAUCCUCCAAAAAGGACAAGAAGAAAGAAAGCGCCUCCUCUGGUAAAAAAGAGAAACGGAAAGAGCGAGAGAAGGAAGACGAUGACGACGAAAAGAGACCGACAAAGAUAAAAGCGUUGACCAUGAUGGAUGGGCAAAACUCCGACGGCGACGACGACGGAGGUGGGUACAACUCGGACGAGGUUCCGAAUCGAAUGGACGCGCGAACGCCAAAUCCUUUGGCGUUGGAGAAUUUCAGCCUCUCCCCGGAGGUUGUCAGCGCUCUUCAGAAAAAAGGUAUCGACGCGUUGUUCGCGAUACAGGCGCAAACUUUAGACACGGCGCUGAGUGGGAAAGAUAUCGUUGGAAGAGCUAGAACUGGAUGCGGGAAAACCUUGGCGUUCGUGUUGCCUAUCGUGGAACAGAUUAACAAAUCCGACCCGACGCCGGCGAGCGGAAGGAGGUUACAAGGACGACGGCCGGUGGUGUGCGUUUUGUGCCCGACGAGAGAGCUUGCGAAACAAGUCGGCGCAGAUUUUGAUUGGGUCGGACAAGCGUUUAAUUUGAAAACCGUGUGCGUGUACGGUGGUGCGCCGUACAGAGAUCAAGAGCAAGGUUUACGAAGCGGGUGCGACAUUAUCGUCGGCACGCCGGGAAGAGUGAAGGACCAUUUGGAUAGGAAAAAUUUGAAGUUUGACAAUUUGAAGUUUCGAGUGUUGGACGAAGCGGACGAGAUGUUGAAUAUGGGUUUUGUCGACGACGUGGAAACAAUUUUGAAAGUUUCUGGAGAUAUUCAAACCUUAUUGUUUUCGGCGACUUUGCCUCCGUGGGUGAAGGAUAUUGCCAAACGGUUCUUGAAGAAAGAUUACGCGACGAUCGAUUUAGUCGGCAACGAAAAACAAAAAGCGAGCGGUCAAGUGCAACACUUGUUGUUGCCAUGUCAGUGGCAAGAGCGUGUGUCGUUGAUUCCAGAUUUAAUUCGCGCAAAAGCGCCGACUGGAGGGAGAUGUAUUUUAUUCUGCGACACGAAGAGAGAUUGCACGGAACUGUGCGACGCUCUGCAAUCGAGUUUGGAAAAAGGCGCCAAGGCUUUACACGGCGACAUCGCGCAAAACAACAGAGAAGUUGUUUUGCAAGGCUUUCGUGAUAACAAAUUCCAGGUUUUAGUUGCCACGGACGUUGCGGCGAGAGGUUUGGAUAUUUCCGGAGUCGAGCUUGUCAUUCAGUGCGAACCUCCGAAAGAUCCAGAAACGUACAUUCAUCGCUCGGGACGAACCGGACGCGCUGGAGCGACUGGAAUCUGCGUGACACUGCUCACGCCGAGAAACGAAUGGGCUAUUCCGAACAUCGAGCGAAAAGGUGGCUUCCGAUUCGUGCGAAUCGGACCGCCGCAACCGGCGGAGAUGGCGAAAGCAGCGGCAAAAAUUGUCUGCGAAAAAGUUCGAGCUGUGCACAAAGGCGCGGCGAAGCUCUUCAUGCAAGCGGCGAGAGAUUUGUUAGAGGAAGGCGAUGACCACGACGAAGGCAGAGACGCGGUUGAAGUUCUUGCGAUGGCAUUAGCACAUGCGUGUGGACACGGUGAGUUGCGACAACGCUCGCUUUUAACCUCGACGGCGGGGAGCACGACGUUGAUUUUAUCCGCCGGCGGCACCGAAAUCCGAACGCCAACGUAUGUGUGGAAUUUUUUGAAACAGAGAUUACCGGAGGAUGAAGUUCAAAUCAAUCGUUUGACGUUAUCUCAGGACAAUUUAAAAGCCGUUUUUGACGUCCCAGCAAAGUUGGCGGAUAAGUAUUGCGGGUUGAGUGAGAAUUCUAGCGGGAGAAGCGCGAUUACCAUCGAAGUGUGCGAAGAGCUUCCUGAACUGAGUCAACGUCCUCAAGGAUUUGGAAGCGGCGGUGGAGGCGGAGGUAGAGGAGGGGGUGGCCGAGGAUACGGCGGCAGAGGUGGAGGCAGUCGCUCACCGGGCGGCGGCGGGAGAUUUGGUGGAGGCCGAGGUGGAGGUGGAAGAGGUGGAGGUGGAAGAGGUGGUGGACGCUUCGGAGGACGUUUUGGAGGACGUAAAUAA